AUGGCGACGAGCUAUAUCGCCUUGCACCCUCCAGAGUUGAUAUCAAAGUCGAUGUUGGAGUCGAUAAAUGAGGAGUCGCGGGAGAAAAUAUAUCUCAAUAUGUACAAAGACCAGCUCGAACGAGUGCCACCCGGUAAACAUCUUUGUGUCUUCCGGCAGAAACGCUUCAGGGCCGACAAGAAAGGCAACGAAUGGGUGGAUUCUAUUAAGGAUCUCAGGAGUUACAGGAACGAAGACAGGUCGCAUGAGAACAAUGACCUGGUGCUUGUUGACUACGUCAUAUGUGAUCCCGUGGACGGCGAAGCGGAACUCUGCGCCAAAUGCUUGUCUGAUUUGCAAGGCCAAAAUCCCGUUAAAGAGAUGUUUUCGGAAGAUGGCAAACACUUGCUUCCAAAGUUCAUUGGCGAAGGCGAGAAGGAGCCUGCGUUGGAGGAUAAAGGUGCUGCCACGGAGGAGGCGACACUGAGGACAGAGGAAGGCGGAUCCAAGAAUAAGUUGGGUGAGCGGUGA